AGAGGCUGUCUCGUUUAGAGCCACACACAGGCGCAGAGAAUAGGCUUGUAAACCCUGCAGGCGGGGCUCUCGUCAGUGACAGCAGCAGAACAACCAGGGACAAGCUUUCAGAAACAGAGGUCCUUCUUCUGCACCUUGGCAACCAAGAGUGCUUCUUCACCUCAUCUUCACCUACACUGCCCAGAAGUCAGACAAAGGAAAAUUCAAGAAAAUUGCCAAGUCUGGUCUCUCUUUCCUUCUGUGGAAGCCUGUUGUCUGUCUUUUUAUGUCCAGCCUUUAAUCUGAUCUGAUGACAUCUCUGCAACCUGUUUACUCUGAGCCUGGGAGGGAUUAUUUUCAUUUGUGAUUAUUAAGAGGAGCAAAAGCGGUCCCUCGAUGUCUUUGCAAUGAAGCUCUGAAAGAAAAUUUAAAUGAGCAGCCAAGGGAAAGCGAACAGUUCGUACAAAGACAGUGGCACAAAAAGGGUGGAGCCCUGGUAUUUGUAUGAAUGUACAGCAUUGCCAACCUGAACUUUUUCUUCUAACAGCUUGUGCAGUGGUGCUGGAAUGACUCCCACUCGUUGAACUGCAGUCAUUUACACUAUGUUUCAAAGGUGAAACUACUCCAGGGAGUGUGUAAUUUAUUUACACCAUAUUAUUUCGCUGUCUGUUCUGACUGCUUUUGUCUGGCGCUCUGGAAUCGAGUGACAUGCACGGAACCAGCUAUUUAAUUCUUGCUUUUAACUGAAUGUUUUCUAUUAAACAUGCAGUUGCCAUUUUACACAAUAUUUUUUGCAUUUUUCGGAGCAUCCAUAGUGAGCAAUCAUAAAUUGCAAGAUGACUUAAACAAGGUGGAAGAUAAAGAUGGCACAACCUGGUGCCCUGAUCAAUCUCUUUUUCUGGACAGAGUGUAUUCUAGAAGGUCAAGAAGUCAAACUGUUGAUAAGAAGUCUAUUCCAGAUGGUGUUUUAAGGAACAUUAUUUGUACAUUUUUACACCCAAGCUUAAGCAAACCUACAGACUCUACUUCAACUGAGCAGAAUUCACUUCAGCAAAAUGGCAAACAAGAACAGAGAACACCUGCACCAAAUAUGCAAUCUGAAACCAUUCCCCGGGAGCAGAGAAAGCUUAGCUACACAACCAUGGAAACCAGGUAUAAAGCUAAAACACCUGAGCAGCAUCAGGAAUAUAAUGCCAUGGUAGACAUCCGUGAUAGAAAUAAAAGGGAAACGUAUGAACAUCAGUGGAAGAAGUCAAAUGACAGCUCAAACAAAACAAGCAGUGAAAAAAAAUUCUUAGUGGAUUUGAAUGAAACUUUGCAGAGUUCAAAUGUUGGAAAAGAGACAGAGCCUCACGCACUGUCCUUAAACGGAUCAGUACCCUUUGCGACUAAUGAUUUGAAAGUGUUCUCUGAUAGUAUGGAAGUUAACCAAGCUUUAGUACCAAAGAACACAACAAAUCAAAAGCUGCGCAUAAAGAACCCAUUUUACCCUUUAACAGAAGAUUCGUAUGGAGCAUAUGCAGUCAUGUGCUUAUCCAUCAUUAUAUUUGUUAUUGGGAUUAUGGGUAAUAUGGCUGUAAUGUGCAUAGUUUGCCAUAACUACUAUAUGAGAAGCAUAUCCAACUCACUUUUGGCAAAUUUGGCCUUCUGGGAUUUUUUGAUUAUUUUCUUCUGCCUUCCGUUGGUAAUAUUCCACGAACUAACAAAAAAGUGGCUGCUGGAGGAUUUCUCGUGCAAAAUCGUUCCUUAUAUUGAGGUGGCCUCGCUUGGAGUAUCUACAUUUACACUGUGUGCCCUUUGCAUUGACCGCUUCCGUGCUGCCACUAACGUACAGAUGUAUUAUGAAAUGAUUGAGAAUUGCACAUCAACAACUGCCAAGCUAGCUGUUAUAUGGGUGGGCGCUCUUCUUUUAGCAUUGCCUGAAGUUGUCCUACGGCAAUUAACCAAUGAUGAGUCAGCACUGGGUGUCAACACAUUCAGUGAGCGCUGUGUUGUCAAGAUUUCCACAGAUCUCCCUGAUACCAUCUAUGUUUUAGCCCUUACCUAUGAUGGCGCUAGACUAUGGUGGUACUUUGGUUGCUAUUUUUGUUUACCUACUCUUUUCACAAUAACAUGUUCUUUGGUGACAGCAAGAAAAAUCAGAAGAGCUGAGAAAGCCUGUACAAGAGGUAACAAACGCCAGAUUCAACUUGAGAGCCAAAUGAACUGUACUGUAGUAGCCCUUACAAUUUUGUAUGGUUUUUGCAUAAUCCCUGAAAAUAUCUGUAACAUUGUAACAGCUUAUAUGUCCACUAGUGUCUCCAGGCAGACCUUGGAUCUUCUGCAUCUGAUCAGUCAAUUUCUUUUGUUCUUUAAAUCAUGUGUUACCCCUAUCCUACUUUUUUGCCUUUGCAAGCCAUUUAGCCGAGCUUUCAUGGAAUGCUGUUGUUGUUGUUGUGAUGAAUGCAUUCAGAAGUCCUCAACUGCAACCAGCGAUGAUAAUGACAAUGAAUAUACAACCGAGCUAGAACUUUCCCCUUUCAGUACUAUACGUCGUGAAAUGUCCACAUUUGCUUCAGUUGGAACUCACUGCUGAAUAUAUAUAGUCAGUUUUCACUUUCUUUGUGAAUACUCUGUGAUAUACAUUUUAAAUGAUUUUUAGUUCAGGAUUUUUUAAAUGAAACACUCGACUUGUCUAAGAACAAUUUUGGUAUCUUCUGUAUAUUUAUUAUGUUCUAGUUCUCCUAACAGGGUAUGUUUCCACGAAACUAUUAACAUGUUUCUGCACCUUAAUUAGGUAGUCAUUAGCUUUUUUGAUAAUCACAACUGGUAACUUUUUAAAAUAUUAUAUAUAAAACUAGGUACAAUUAUUAUACUCCAAGGUGGU